UGUAUAUACAUAUGUAUUACACACUGCGAGUCGACUCUGUUUGUUUUUUUUCAUAACCAAGACCGCAUAAGGAUACCAUACAAGGAACAGAAGGACUUCGGAUGGAAAAUUGGUGCCUGCUUUUCGAAAACAAGAGAUAACUUACAAAUGCUUUGGAUUUCCUUUUGGAAUUUUGUAACAAUAUAAUUAAGGCGACGGUCUGCUUAAGAGAACAAAGAACAGCGGAUAAACAAGAUACAUACGUACACAAUAUAAAAAUAUACUCACAGAUGUACACACAUAUGUACAUGCAUAUGUAUAUGUCUCAUUUAAACUAGAUGAAGACGGAAUACUGCCUAUUCAAUUGUCCCAACGCUCUCAAAGAACUGUUUAUGGUGGAUUAAGAGAUAUUCUAUAUUCCUAUUAGUUUUGCCAUUGAGAAACGAAAGAUGCCGACAUAUCAGUAUAUACAAAACUAUUUUUCAAAACUGAAUCCUCUUGCUGAAAAGAUUGCUCGCGAUGUUAACGAUGCCAAGUCUGCCUAUGGACAUGUGUGGCUCACCUUAACUCUUGUUGAACAGGAGAAUAUUCUUAAUGAUACCAUAAUUAAGCCGGAAAUAGCUAUACAAUACUAUAACAAUGCUUCAACGGUAAACGGUGUCGAAGAAGCGCCAGGCUCGACCAGCAAGAAGGCAGCCAAUGCCCAGAAGCUUUGCGGUGUCUAUGGAUAUGACAAAAAAAAUCUGAGGACAUUCAUUUACCAAAGCGUUGGUCUUAAAACUCUACACGAUGAAAAUAUUGGCGAUUAUCGCGAUGAACACUCUUUCCCAUUUAGCUUUCGAACCAAGUCCCAAAUAAAUCUCUCAGUAUUAGCUAGUAACAGUAACACUAAUGUAAUUAAGACUGAUAACGAUUUCUGCAAGACAUUUAUCGUGGAAGUCAGCACUAAUAGCCUAAGUUUACCGCAAUCUUUGCGACCUAUUGCCGAACCCGUUCAGAAAGCCAAUGCUGUUUGCAAUGCAAAAAAGUUUCCUGAACGAUCGAAAGAUCAUGAGAAAUCCAUCGAUGGGACAAACUACAAUGAUUCCCGAAUAUUCAUGGCCGAUGAGCAAUCCAACCUUUUGGCGCAUUUCGGAUCGAAUAAUACGUUGAGCGGCUCGUCUGUCGGCUCUACAGACGAUGAAACGGACAAUAAAGAGCAGUACGAGGAAAAUACCAAACUCUUGCCGGCUGAAGUUGAAAUACCCAAGGGCUUUGACUUUUUAAGUAAUUGGUAAAUUGUAAUGAUAAACCUACUAAGAAACAAUCUAAUACUAAUAAUAAAAGUCAAGUUUAGAAUGAAA